GACCACGAUGGAGGACGGCGGCCAGCGCGUCAUCCCGCUCAGCGUGGUCUCGCUCCACGACUCGCCCGGCGACUGCUGGGUGGUCGUCUACGACCGCGUGUACGACAUCACCCCCAUGCUCCACGAGCACCCGGGAGGCAUGGAGAUUCUGCUGGAGAACGCCGGCAGGGACGUGAGCCUCGCUUUCCAAGGGGUCGGCCACUCUAGGGCGGCCCUGGCCGCCCUCAAGGCCUUCCAGGUUGGCGUGCUCCCCGACGGCGAGUGCAUCUUCAACCAGCGUCCGGGGCACCUGCGGGUGGCACGGCAGCCCUCGUCCGCCGCCAUGCUGUACACGCCCUGAGCGGCCCGACGACACCGCCUCUGGGAACCCCUGCUCUGCUUCGGGUGACAGCAGCGCCUGGCGACAGAUCCUUGGCCUGCCCGAGUUCAAGCCCAUCGCACCAUCCACCCACUCCCAUCCAAAGUAGUAGCUAACCGGAGCUAGCACCGAGCGCUGCCAGGAGCACGCUUGGAGUAGGCCGCCAGCCGGAACCGAGUAGAGCAACAACAACCCCCCCCCCCUUUUUUCGCACUACUCUACCCUUUCAUAGCUACCCAGUGGGCGCCGGUGCGAGGUCAUUUAAUUGUUUUCCUUUGGUUGAGAGCGAAGCAGGCCGAAGCGUAUUACUAAUCUUAAGAUGGUACUCAAUGGACACUUAAUUUUUGAGAAGACCAAAAAAAAACUUCAUAUAAGGGACAUUGUAUCAUGAGGCGAAUUAAGAGUAUAAUUCAUCCAUGAUUAGUACAACAGAGCGCUUAAAUCAAUGUACUGCAUUUACAUUUAAAUGUAUUAAGGGUCUAUGCCAUACAGUAUUUAACACACAUUGUGACAUCUCCUCCAUUCACAUCUCAUCAUUUUUUAAAGUAUUCCUUAACUUAUUAUUAUAACAUUAUUUGUAGUGGAACUUUAUCUUGCAAAAUAAACCAU